GUACGAUAAGGCGUCGGGUAUGGAUUCCUCUGUCGUGUCCAUGAUAAGGACAGUAGCUCGUCGGUGGCUGUGCGACGAAGAUCUUCUCCUCAAAACCAUCAUGAGCGAGGAAGAAGUAGUGGUGGUGAAUAAGAAUAAGGCGCAUAGAAAGGAGAAGCCAUGGGAUACCGAUGACAUUGACCACACCUCCGACAGCUGGAAAAUCGAUCAAUUCAAUCGCGAAGACUACAUCGCUGCUAAACCAUUCCUUGAAGAAUCGUCCUUUGCUACGCUUUUCCCCAAGUACCGCGAAAAGUAUCUACGGGAGGUUUGGAGUGCAGUAACACAGGCCCUGGAUGCGCAUUACCUUGGGUGCACACUGGAUCUGGUCAGCGGAUCCAUGUCCGUGCGAACGACCCGUAAAACAUUUGACCCGUACAUCAUCCUCAAGGGACGAGACAUGCUCAAGCUACUUGCUAGAGGCGUUCCCAUCACUCAGGCUGUGAAAGUGCUCGAGGACAACACCGCGUGCGACAUCAUCAAAAUCGGGAAUCUGGUGCGCAACAAGGAGCGCUUCGUGAAGAGGAGACAGCGGAUCAUUGGCCCGGAUGGGAGCACUCUCAAGGCUAUCGAGUUGUUGACGCAGUGCUACGUCCUCGUACAAGGAAACACCGUCAGUGUCAUGGGGCCUUACAAAUCGCUGAAAGAAGUGCGGAGGAUAGUGCUCGAUUGCAUGAAGAACAUCCACCCCAUAUAUCGCAUCAAGGCAAGCUCAACAUCCCACCGAAACCCUAAACUGGCCACCGAAUCAUGGGACCGAUUCCUCCCGUCCUUCCGCAAACGGCAUCUCAAAACUUCGGAGAAGACGGCCAAGAAAAACGAGGCUAUCGAGUCCAAGAACGAAGCCCGUGCUGCAGCAGGGCUGGAGCCCAUCGCAGGACCUUCGAAACCUGCAAAGAAGCAAAACGAAACGACGGCAAAACGACGAGCAGAGCGGGCAGAGGCUUUCGUUGCACCUGCCGAACAAGCCGCGCCAACAAUCGAAGAAAAACGCAAGCGGAAAGCGGCGGAGCGGGAUGAAGAUGGGGUGCGUGAUGAGGAGGCAAGGAAAAAGAAGAAGAAAAAGAAGAAGGAGAGUCGGGAGGAAGAUGAUUCAUAAGCCUCGUGUUGCAUUUUUACCAGGAUCCUGAAUGCUGGGGGGAUAUUCUGCAUGAAGCGAUUCAACU